CUGGAAUGGAUUCAGAUGUGGUAGCAGCCUGAUUCUGCGAGGGAUCGGGGCUUCCUGCUGAGGAGGCAGGAGGGGUGGGAUGGCACAGAGGACAGGCGUGUCUAUCUCCACACAAAACCCUACCCUGGCCCGCUCCACAGGAAGGGGUAGUUCUUGAAAUCCAAGCACCCCUUCCCUUGGAAAGCUGCCCCCCUCCCCAACGAGGAGUAGAACCUGGUAGUAAUGAAACCUGACCUUUCCCCUCACUGCCACUGUGAUAUCCCAUGUUGCCCCCACCCCAGAUGUGAAGGGGGCAUGGAACGGUGACCCUUCUUUGCCCUUUUCGGACUCCAUGGGUCUUAGGUGGGCAUGUGGGGGUCUACUGGCUGCAGAGCAGGACAGUUAAGAGAAUUCUUAAAAUGGGCAGGUUGGCUGUACUGGGGCAAGAGGUGGGCACCAAAUUAGGGGCUGUCAGCCUUCCCAGCUCUUCUCCAAGACCCAGAAAGAGGGUCUUGGUAUGUCUGAAUAUUCUCAAGUCCCUCGGACUGACUGACAGUCCGGCUCCCAGCCCUGAUCCAGGGCCACCUCUGGCUCCCCCUGGCAUGGGGUCCCGUCCCCUCUCUCUGGCUCUGUCUGUCACUAACACGCAUGCCCUGUUAUCUCUCCUCGUCUGCCCGCUCUCCGUCCCUCUCUUGUCCUGGCUCCUUCCUUGCCCUCUGCCCCUGCCUGGGUGCCCUCCCUUCUCUCCCUCCUCCCCCUCUUGGCAAUCUCUGGACCCAGCCAAACAGAAGCAGAAAUCGACAGAGCAUGUGCCCCCCUAUGACGUGGUGCCUUCCAUGAGGCCCAUCAUCCUGGUGGGACCGUCGCUCAAGGGCUAUGAGGUUACAGACAUGAUGCAGAAGGCUUUGUUUGACUUCUUGAAGCAUCGGUUUGAUGGCAGGAUCUCCAUCACUCGGGUGACAGCGGACAUUUCCCUGGCUAAGCGCUCAGUCCUCAACAACCCCAGCAAACACAUCAUCAUUGAGCGCUCCAACACACGCUCCAGCCUGGCUGAGGUUCAGAGCGAGAUCGAGCGAAUCUUCGAGCUGGCCCGGACCCUUCAGUUGGUUGCUCUGGACGCCGACACCAUCAACCACCCGGCCCAGCUCUCCAAGACCUCCCUGGCCCCCAUCAUUGUUUACAUCAAGAUCACCUCUCCCAAGGUACUUCAGAGGCUCAUCAAGUCUCGAGGGAAGUCUCAGUCCAAACACCUCAAUGUGCAAAUAGCGGCCUCGGAGAAGCUGGCGCAGUGUCCGCCUGAAAUGUUUGACAUCAUCCUGGAUGAGAACCAAUUGGAGGAUGCCUGUGAGCACUUGGCCGAAUACUUGGAAGCCUAUUGGAAGGCCACACACCCGCCCAGCAGCACUCCACCUAACCCACUGCUGAACCGCACCAUGGCUACUGCAGCCCUGGCUGCCAGCCCUGCCCCUGUCUCCAACCUCCAGGGACCCUACCUUGCUUCUGGGGACCAGUCGCUGGACCGGGCCACCGGGGAGCAUGCCAGCGUGCACGAGUACCCGGGGGAGCUGGGCCAGCCCCCAGGCCUUUACCCGAGCAGCCACCCACCAGGCCGGGUGGGCACCGUGCGGGCACUGUCCCGCCAAGACACGUUUGAUGCCAACGCCUCUGGCAACCGAAAUUCUACCUACACCGAGCCGGGAGACUCGUGCGUGGACAUGGAGACUGACCCCUCCGAGGGGCCAGGGCUCGGAGACCCCGCUGGGGCCGGUACCCCACCCGCCCGGCAGGGAUCCUGGGAGGAUGAAGAAAACGACUAUGAAGAGGAGCUGACUGACAACCGGAAUCGAGGCCGCAAUAAGGCCCGCUACUGCGCGGAGGGCGGGGCGCCCGUGCUGGGGCGCAACAAGAACGAGCUGGAGGGCUGGGGGCGGGGUGUGUACAUCCGCUGAGAGGCCGGGCCACACUGGGAGGAAGGACUCUGAGCCCAGGGGAGGGGAGGUGCAGCCCGCUCACCGCCGGGGUGUAUCUGACCUCCAGGGGGCGCUUCUCUUUCAGAUGCCUUUGCUCAGUGUUGGUUUUUUCUUAGUGGUAGCAUCCCAGCUCCUGGGAGUCCCUUCCGCUCCAGCUGUAGGUCUUUAUCUCCCUGCGGCAGGUGGAUGGGGGGUGCCCACCUGUCUGCAGUGUCUCCUUUUCCCCUCCUCGGGGGUCUCUCUCCCAGAGAAAAGGUGCACUUCCUUAGCUCCUUCUACUUGGGACUCUCCAUGGGUGGCCCUUUCCCACCUGGAGUAGUUGGGAAGGGUAGGGGGUUUUUCCUGGAGAGAGAGGCCACAGGCUUUUCCAUGAGGGUUCUCUUCCCAAACUCCAGGCCCAGGGUCCCUCCUCAUGCCCAACCCUCCCCACCCCUCUCCCCCCAGCUUUCUGGCAGCCUCGUCUGGUAGGAGGAAGCUCUGGUAGGAGGAAGCCCCUUGGGGAGGUGUCUGGGUAGAAACUGAUGGGCAUCAGCUGUAGUGCCAUCUGCCCACCCAGGACCUAACCCUGAGGAGUGGGCAAUCGGAGACGCUCCCACCCCCACCCCCCCUCCAUGUCUCAGCCUUUACCUGCCCCAGGAAUGAGCUUUGCCUACAAUAUCCCUUGCCUGCUGCCAUCAGAAGAGGGGCCCUCCACGUCCCUGUGUGACUGGGUGUGGAGCCCAUGGAACACUGGUCCGCCUCAUUUUGAAACCAAAAAUUGCUCCUUCAUUCCCACCCCAAAACCCCAGGAGAGAGGCCCUUGGGGUUGGUGCCCAAGAAAUGAUCCCUGCCCCAGGGGUGGCCUCGGGACCACGGAUCUCCCCUGGGGGGCUUGGCUGCUGCUGCUGCUGCUGCUCUGUAUUUGCCUCUUGUUCUUUACCCACGUCCACUCCACUCCCCCCAGGAGAGGCCUUCCUAUCCCCCUCUGACCUGAGUGUCCCUCGACCUAGCAUCCCCUUAGCCCAGCAGCCCUGCCCUCCCCAGCAUCCCAGCUGGGCCAGAGAGAGCCGAUUGUGCCAACGAGGACUGGGCCCUGCCCGGCUGCCCACCUCAGGGAUGGGCACCUCAUGCCUGUCUCGCCACCUCCUGUGCCAAUGUUGUCCCACCCCCCACCUGGGGGUGGGGUGCAGCUUCCACUUACUGGUUAGAAGAGACCACUGCCCAACCUUUCCCCCUCCUGUCUGGUAUCAUGUGCCUCCAUCUGUCCGUCUGUUCGUCUUUACUCCCCUAGGAGUAUUUUGCCACAUAUAAAACCACCAUCCUGUCCUUUG